AUGAAGACUGCCAUCCUCGCUACUCUUAUCGCCUCUGCCGCCGCCUUUGCUCCUGCCAAGGAUGUUGUCCGCAGCAGUGCUUUGAAGGCCUCCCCUUUCGAAGGCGAAUUGGGAGCCCAAGACCCCAUUGGCUUCAUUGAUCCCCUUGGUUUGGUAGAGGACGGUGACCAAGCAACCUUCGAUCGCCUGCGAUAUGUUGAGUUGAAGCACGGACGUAUUGCCAUGCUUGCCAUCGUUGGAUACUUGACCACCGAUGCCGGAGUCCGUCUUCCAGGUUUGCUCGCGUUCGAUGGAACCACCUUUGCUGACAUUCCCUCUGGAAUUGAUGCUCUUGGUGCCCUCCCCACCGCUGGAUUGGGACAAGUCAUUCUGUUCAUUGGUCUUUUGGAAGCACGCAUCAUGAAGGACAUCACUGGUGGAGAAUUCCCAGGUGACUUCCGUAAUGGAUACAUUGACUUUGGCUGGGACAAGUUCAGUGAGGAGGAGAAGUUCCAGAAGCGUGCUAUUGAAUUGAACAACGGACGUGCUGCUCAAUUCGGAAUCUUGGGAUUGAUGGUCCACGAAAAGAUUGGAGUCUCUCUUUUGCCCGCGGGAGCCGUUCAUUAA